ACAUGGAGCCUUUUACAACCAGGAACAAAGUUCUCCCCUGACUUAAGCCCGGGCGGCUUGUACUGCGGCUGGUACCCACGUUCUGGCUCCCCCAGGGUCCCAGCCUCCCCGGAGUCCUGGCCUCGCAGCCCUCCCACCAUCCCACAGGCAUGCAGGGAGCCUGGGUGCUGCUUCUGCUGCUGGGCCUGAGGCCACAGCUGUCCCUUGGCACCAUCCCAGUUGAGGAGGAGGACCCAGCCUUCUGGAACCGCCAGGCAGCCCAAGCCCUGGAUGCCGCUAAGAAGCUGAAGCCCAUCCAGACGGCUGCUAAGAACCUCAUUCUCUUCUUGGGGGACGGGAUGGGGGUGCCCACGGUGACAGCCACUCGGAUCCUAAAGGGGCAAAUUAAUAACAAACUGGGACCCGAGACGCCCCUGGCCAUGGACCACUUUCCGUAUGUGGCUCUGUCCAAGACAUACAACGUGGACAGACAGGUGCCAGAUAGCGCAGGCACAGCCACAGCCUACCUGUGCGGGGUCAAGGCCAACUACCAGACCAUUGGACUGAGUGCAGCUGCCCGCUUUGACCGGUGCAACACAACACAGGGCAACGAGGUCGUCUCCGUGAUGUACCGGGCCAAGAAAGCAGGGAAGUCCGUGGGGGUGGUGACCACCACAAGAGUGCAGCACGCCUCGCCAGCCGGCACCUACGCGCACGUGGUCAACCGCAACUGGUACUCAGACGCGGACAUGCCCGCCAAGGCCCGGAAGGAGGGGUGCCAGGACAUCGCCCGGCAGCUCAUCUCCAACGUGGACAUUGAUGUGAUCCUGGGCGGAGGCCGAAAGUACAUGUUUCCCAAGGGGACCCCAGACCCUGAGUAUCCGAGUGACGCCACACAGAACGGAAUCAGGUUGGAUGGGCGCAACCUGGUGCAGGAGUGGCAGGCCAGGCACCAGGGUGCCCGGUACGUGUGGAACCGCCAGGCGCUCCUUCAGGCUUCCCAGGACCCCUCCGUAACACACCUCAUGGGCCUCUUUGAGCCAGGAGACACGAAAUACGAGGUCCACCGAAACCACACCCGGGACCCAUCCCUGAUGGAGAUGACGGAGGCGGCCCUGCACCUGCUGAGGAGGAACCCCCGGGGCUUCUACCUGUUUGUGGAGGGAGGCCGCAUCGACCACGGUCAUCACGACGGCAGGGCUUAUCUGGCACUGACGGAGGCCGUGAUGUUCGAUUCUGCCAUCGACAAGGCCAGCCAGCUCACGAGCGAGAAGGACACUCUGACCCUUGUCACCGCUGACCACUCCCACGUCUUCUCUUUUGGUGGCUACACGCUUCGAGGCAGCUCCAUUUUCGGCCUAGCCCCCCGCAAAGCCCACGACAACAAGACCUACACCUCCAUCCUCUACGGCAACGGGCCCGGCGGCUUCGCGCUCAAGGACGGCCCCCGGCCCAACGUCAGCGACAGCCAGAGCGGGGACCCCUCGUACCAGCAGCAGGCCGCGGUGCCCCUGCAGUCCGAGACCCACGGCGGCGAGGACGUGGCGGUGUUCGCGCGCGGCCCGCAGGCGCACCUGGUGCACGGCGUGCAGGAGCAGAGCUUCGUGGCGCACGUCAUGGCCUUCGCCGCCUGCCUGGAGCCCUACACCGACUGCGGCCUGCCGCCCUCUGCCGGCCCCAACGACGCCGCGCCCCCGGGCCCGGCCGCCGGCCCGCCGUCGCUGCCCCUGCUGGCCGGGGCGCUGUUGCUGGUGCUGGCGGGCGCCGCGCCCUGACCGUGAC